AUGUCAAGAAGAUCAGAGAGAUCUAGAAAUCAUUCUGGUCUGUCUGGACAUAGUUCUGGAAUAGGCGAUGAUGAUGAAGGCGUAAAUGUGUUUGAGGAUGAGAUUGAAGAAGAAGAAGAAAUAACAAGGUGCAUAUGUGGAAGGGACGAGAUCAGUACGCAAAAUAUAAACCAACAACUUGCAAGCUUUUUACAGUCAGAAUACUCUAUCAAGAUUGACCAAGGAUUAUUUAUUCAAUGUGAUAAAUGCUCUGUAUGGCAACAUGGGUACUGUGUGGGGCUCUUCACAAACGAUGAUGUUCCCGAAAAGUACUGGUGUGAAUUGUGCAAGCCAGACUUACACAUAUUCAUUAAUGAAGGGGAUGAGGCUGUCAGAACAUUAUACAAGCCAGCGAAUGACAAGAGAAAGAAAUUGCUAUCGGAAUUUGCAUCAAAUGAGUUUGCUGGAGGACUGUCGAACAGACUGCGAACGAAGAGGCCGACAACAUCGGCUUCGGCGAACUCAGAUCCAAAGCCUUCUAGAAAGGAGAGGCGACACUUUGAUGAUAUGUAUGAUGAACAAUUGCAAAAGGCUCUAAAAGAGAGCGCGAAGGAAUCGGGAGUUAGCAUGACCCGCGAAGAUGAGCGACCCCAGAGUAAAAGAAGAGCCAAAGGGAGCGAUGUGGACGACCACCGGAAAAAUGCAAACGAGUCAGACAUAGGACCUUCAGGAACUGAGAAAGGAGAAACAAACGAUGAAGAUACUGCGAAUAGCGAGGGCACGAGUCAUGCACCAAAAAUAAAGAAAUCAAGAACGAAAAGCAAAACAUUGAAGGGACAUUCAAAGACUACUAAAAAACUGGGGACUUCUUCAGCUUCCGACAAGUCGAAUAAUUCACUUUCGACGAAGGAAGAAUUAAUAAGUCAAAACUCGAAACCAAGGUAUGUAAGUGAAAAAUCCUCCAUCUAUGAAUUACGUAAAAGAACUGGAGCAAUUCUCGAAUGGCUAGGUAGAACCCAGAUGGAAUUAGAAGAGGAGCGUAUCAACAAAAUUGAAAUUUUUAGCUAUAAAGAGAGUUCAAAUGAUGACGCACAGGAUAUAGAUAAUAACAAAGUUCUUCUAAACUUUAGCGAAAACUUAACGUCAAUGGAGAAGUUGACAGAAAAAAUAUUGGAAUGGGAACAAAAAUAUGGUAAAUAUGCGCCUUGA